UUCCGCUCACUGACUGUUGGGGCCUGCAUGCAGCCAGGCACUUGUCACAGGAGUGAGAGCUAAGACAGGGUUAGGAGGGGAAGGGGGGCCAGAUCACUAUUUGCAGGUAGAGAUAUUUAAAUACUUUCAGAGAGAGGGCUAGUGGGGAAGAGGAAAAAUGAGACGGCAAAGGACGCAUAACACAUAGUCAUUGUAAUAUCCUUACACAAGACACCAAAAGGUUUAUAAGUCAAGUAAGGAUCACUGCUGGCUGUGAGUGAAGGGUCAUAGUAACUUACUCUAACUGAAUGGCACGAGAUUAACAAGAGUGAUUGAGACGUGGGAACCAGGGAGCGUUGGGCUGGAAGGAUUGUUCCUGAAUCACCAGACUGGACAGACUGUUCCUGAAUCACCAGACUGGACAGACUGUUCCUGAAUCAACGGGCUGGACAUACCGUUCCUGAAUCACCGGGCUGGACAUACCGUUCCUGAAUCACCGGGCUGGACAGACUGUUCCUGAAUCACCAGACUGGACAGACUGUUCCUGAAUCACCAGACUGGACAGACUGUUCCUGAAUCACCGGGCUGGAUAGACCGUUCCUGAAUCACCGGACUGGAUAGACCGUUCCUGAAUCACCGGGCUGGACAUACCGUUCCUGAAUCACCGGGCUGGACAGACCGUUCCUGAAUCACCGGGCUGGACAUACCGUUCCUGAAUCACCGGGCUGGACAUACCGUUCCUGAAUCACCGGGCUGGAUAGACCAUUCCUGAAUCACCGGGCUGGAUAGACCGUUCCUGAAUCACCGGGCUGGAUAGACCGUUCCUGAAUCACCGGGCUGGACAGACCGUUCCUGAAUCACCGGGCUGGAUAGACCGUUCCUGAAUCACCGGGCUGGAUAGACCGUUCCUGAAACACUGGACUGGACAGACCGUUCCUGAAUCACCGGGCUGGAUAGACCGUUCCUGAAUCACCGGGCUGGAUAGACCGUUCCUGAAUCACCGGGCUGGACAGACCGUUCCUGAAUCACCGGGCUGGAUAGACCGUUCCUGAAACACUGGACUGGACAGACUAUCCCUGAAUCACCGGGCUGGACAGACCAUUGCUGAAUAGUCAGCUUGUAUGGGCUGUUUCUGGAUCACUGGUGUGUAUAAACUGGUUCUGAAUCCUUAGUCUCUACAGACUGUUCUGAAUUGUUGGCUUUUAUGGACUGUUUCUGAAUCGCUUGUCUAUAAAGACAUUCCUGAAUCGUUGGCCUGCAUUGACUGUUCCUGAAUCGUUGGCCUGCAUUGACUGUUUCUGAAUCAUUGGAUUUGACAAACCUUUUCUAAAACUUAAGAGUUGGACGGACCUUUCCUAAACUACUGGGCUGGAUGAGUCAUUUUACGGUUGUUUUGCGGUUAUUCUUCUCCCUCUAAGUGUUCACCGAAGCCAAUCCAAACCUGCUGGGCUCUCAGUGGCAUUUGGUGGCCCCCAUAGAGUAACCCCGGGUAGUGGCUCCUGUUGCUCCUCGGACUGACUGUUGACCAGUAGCCUUCAGGACGUGUUAUCCUGCACUUUCGAAUUAAGAAUUGGGUGCUUGUUAUACCCAUCAUCCCAGCUUGUACACCCGAGGCACCACAUAUCGGGGAGCCUGGGAGGAAUGGCGGGUAACACUACGGUUCUCGAACAGAUAUUCCUCACCUCGCCCAGCUGCGAUGCCUGGAACCUCAUCAUGGAGAGGGCCCUAUACCACCUGGCAUGUUUCAUCUUUCUGCUGGCGUACAUGGGAGGAAGCGGCAUCUUCGGUUGCAUCUUCAUCUUCCUACUGAUGGCUCUGGGCUGUUUGUGUACAACAAUGUGGGGCUGGCUGCUGGCCUGUGGCCUAGAUAUAUUUGUAUGGAACCUUCUGCUGACGUUUGCCUGCAUUGUUCAGGUCUCCCACCUCCUAUACAGGUUACGUAAGGAAUCCUAUGGGGAGGACUACGACUGCUUGUACCAGACCUUGUAUCAUCCCCUGCAAGUUCCCAUUGAUGUCUUCAAAGAGAUCGCACAAUGCAGCGGCAUGCAAAUCCAGACACUAAGCACUGACCAGAGUUACGCUCUAGAGGGGAAGACACCUAUUGACCGCCUGUCUCUUCUCAUCUCCGGCAGGGUGAAGGUGAGUCUGGAUGGGCAGUUCCUGCAUUAUAUUUUCCCAUACCAGUUCCUGGACUCUCCGGAAUGGGAAUCUCUGCGCCCCUCUGAAGAAGGGACAUUCCAGGUAACACUUACCGCAGAGACAGACUGUAGCUACAUCAGCUGGCCUAGAAAGAAGCUCUACCUUCUGUUGGCCAAGGAGAAGUACAUUGCCCGUCUGUUCGCAGUACUUCUUGGCUUUGACAUCUCCCAGAAACUCUACGCGCUGAACGACAAGCUUUUUGCCAAGUUUGGACUGCGCUUUGACAUCCGCCUACCCAGCCUCUAUCGUGUCCUGGGACCAUACUCAGAGUCAGCAGCAGCGAUAGGGCCAGCGGUGGAACCCUUGGCAUCCCUUCUUCCGCAAGACCCAUUGCACGUCCACAAGGCGCCACCUGUCAUGUCUCACCAGCCUGGAGGAAACAGGGCUCCACGACCUGAGAGUGGCAUUAUGGCUUCAAGUGUCCUGCAGAGAGGUCACCCUCGGCUCCUGUCUCACACGAGAGCCCCUCUCGCCCCAACUCAGACUCCAGAACUUUAGGGAACAAGAAGGUAUCCAGUCAACUCUGCUGUGAGCACAAUUCACUAGUGUGUAAACUUGCACCUUUCUAUACAUGGCUUCCACUAAGUACAUGGAACAAUAACUGCUGAUACAAUGUGGCUGCACUCUCUCUGAGUCCAGAAGGAUGGAUACAAAGGAGAGAGGGCCAGAUGUCUAAAUGCUGGAAUCACAAUGCAUUCUCACUGCCAAUAUGUCCUCCCCAAUGAACCAGUAAGAUGUGAUGGACUCCAGGACCAUGUGAUAAGAUGUUACAAUGAAAUGUGUGGAUUGCCUGUUACUUACAUGAGUGCUUCACAGUUGUCUACACGUCUUCCUUCACUUAGGCUGAUGGUACCGGUGUUAUGGCCUCCAAGUGACCACUUGGGUAUUUAGCAGAAUGGCCAUGGGUGGGCGAGGAUAUAUUUUAUUACAAUGUUUGAUGUUGUUUGUAUACACCAUGAAUACAAGACAAUUAAUUGAACAAGGAA